GCCGGGCGGGAGAACCGGGGGGAGCUCGGGGGAGGGGGGGGGCGGCCCCGUCCCUUGUCCCCCGUCCCCGUCCCUUGUCCCCCGUCCCCGCAGCUUCCCCGCUUGAGGAAGCGAAGCGGCCGAGAAACACGGAGCGCGGCCGUCCAGACAGUGAAAAAUGCCUAAAAAGAAGACUGGUGCUCGUAAGAAAGCUGAGAACCGUCGUGAACGUGAAAAGCAGAUAAGGGCUUCAAGAGCCAACAUAGAUUUAGCCAAACAUCCUUGUAAUGCGUCAAUGGAAUGUGAUAAAUGCCAAAGACGACAGAAGAAUAGAGCUUUUUGCUACUUCUGUAACUCUGUUCAAAAAUUACCCAUUUGUGCACAAUGUGGAAAAACCAAAUGCAUGAUGAAGUCUUCAGACUGUGUUAUAAAGCAUGCUGGUGUGUACAGUACUGGACUAGCAAUGGUGGGUGCAAUCUGUGAUUUCUGUGAAGCCUGGGUGUGUCACGGGAAGAAAUGUCUCAGCACACAUGCGUGUAUCUGCCCUCUUGCAGAUGCAGAAUGUAUUGAGUGUGAAAGAAGUGUCUGGGACCACGGAGGCAGAAUAUUUGCCUGCUCUUUUUGUCACAAUUUCCUCUGUGAAGAUGAUCAGUUUGAACAUCAAGCCAGCUGCCAAGUUCUGGAAGCAGAGACAUUUAAAUGUGUUUCCUGUAACAGGCUUGGGCAGCAUUCGUGCCUGCGUUGUAAGGCUUGUUUCUGUGACGAUCAUGUGCGAAGUAAGGUUUUCAAGCAGGAAAAAGGAAAAGAGCCUCCCUGCCCUAAAUGUGGCCAUGAAACUCAGCAGACAAAGGAUCUGAGCAUGUCAACGCGCUCUUUGAAGUUUGGCCGACAGACUGGAGGUGAAGAUGCAGAUGGAGCUUCUGGUUAUGAUGCCUACUGGAAGAGCCUCUCCUCCAGCAAGGCUGGAGAUGCAGGCGACCGUGAGGAUGAGUAUGAUGAAUAUGAAGCAGAAGAUGAUGAUGAAGAUGACAAUGAUGAAGGGGGGAAGGAUUCUGAUACAGAGACCACAGAUGUAUUCAGCAAUUUGAAUUUAGGAAGGACCUAUGCUAGUGGGUAUGCACAUUAUGAGGAACCUGAAGAUUAAGUUUGGUAUGCUGGCAAGCUGAACAUGCUUGGAAGGAGCCAAGCAGUGCUUUCACUUGAGUUGUGUGCCUGCCAGUAGGAUAGUUCUAUCAGGCACUUACAUACCAGAGUUAGAGAGUAGAGAGCGUGGGACUUCUGCAGUAACUCAAAGUGAUAUUUUUUUUUUCUUUUUGUAUAAACCAAUAUUGGGUUUGGGACUGGGGGAGAAAACAGGAUUAUUUUUAUUCCCCUAAGUAACCAAAGUGGUUUUGUCCUUGAGUUACUGAGUAUAAUGGUUCAAUGCCAUUUUUCCCUACCAAUACAGGAAUGUGGGAAGGCUGUACAACUUGUUUCCAUUUACUCAUCAGAAAUUAAGUUAUUUUUUACAAUAGUUUUGUGAACUGAUUUAAUAAAAUUAAUGUAGUGAUGGGUUGGUGACUGCAUUUUUUUGGCUUGCACAAUAAAAGUCAACUUCAUUCUCUAA